CCAGGCAGCGAGUCCUUGUUCUAAGUAUAAAGCAGAUAUGUUUGAAAGAGUCCAACAACGAGGUACUAAGAUGGUCAAAUAGACCUUAAGGUCUAUCUGGCCUAUCUUAUGAAGACAGACUGGCACAAGUUAACUUAUUUGCGUUAUCAUACCGUAGAAUACAGGAUGAUAUAAUAUUGGCUUAUCAUAUGCUGAACGAUGACCUUGGUAUUAACAUGAAUUAUCUUUUACUUCCAUCUAGGACUGAUCAUUUGAGAGGAUAUUCGAAGAAAGUUUAAAAGCCGAGAUCAAAUCGUUUACGUCUGGAGUUUCUUUUCUCGCACCGAGUAGUGGAUUAUUGGAAUUCCCUACCGGAACACGUAAUAUCAACACCUGUCGAUAUAUUCAAAACAAUUGUUUUGAAUCUUAAGAUUGGACCUCCACAAUAUUACAAACUGCAAGGAUUAAUAUAGGUCGAUAGCCCUCCUAUCCUUAUUACUGAAGGCUGAAAUAUUGACUAUCUUGGUAUCGUUAAUAAGCUUCGGCGGUAUUCAAAAAGUCCAUCUGUACGUUAUUUCCAACCCCCAUCAGUGGACGAUACCCUAGGAGCGUUGCCUACGUGCUACACACCUGAAGGCGCUCUGUGCUUGUGGUUGCUCAACAAAUUAAGAGGCUCAUAGCCUAUCAGAGGUAUGUUUUCAAAUUUUACCAAUAACCAUAUUCACUAAGUCAAGCCUUCCCAACCAAGUUAUCCAACUUUGUUACGCAGAUAAGUGACAGGAAAACCAUCGUUUUUAGACCCAUAACUGUUUAUGUCAGCUAAAACAAUCCUGCUGUAGUUAUCUGUAAUACGAAUAGCGCGAUGAAUAGACUCCAACGAUUUUUGGAUGAAAAUGUAGAAGCUAUAAGAUUAUUACCUACAACGUUCUUCGUAAUUGGAGUAUAUCUUCUCGGGAGGCAUUUUUAUAUCGUAAAUAAAGCUGGUUCAUGCGUAUAUUCAUUCAGUUUACUAAGUUUAACUCCAUCCACUCGAUUCCAUCUGUUGUAUACAGUCGCCAGAUACAUCUAAAAGGUUUAGUUAAAUCUAUAAGUCCUACAGGUGAAUUGGAGAUCUUACAUGUGCCUAAGGUUAAACUGCCUUUCCGAGUCCCUUAUGGUAAUGCCAUGAAGAUUUCUAUUCCUGUGCAGCAUUCCGGUCAAAGUAUACAAUGGUUGAAGCAAAAUAUACACCCAGGUGAACGUGUCGUUUUCAUCCCUGUAAAACCAAUUUUCGAGAAUGCAGAACUGCUGGCUAUAAUAUACAAACGAGUAACUUACUAUUUUUGUUUAUGGUGGCAGUGGUAUUUUUUUAAAAAAGAUAUAUCUUACCACCUAUUAGUCAAUGGAAUAACCAACCACAAAAGCUUCAAUGAUUUGCCAGAUAACUUUCGCAAUAAGUACUCCUCGGCUAUAUCGAAAGCAAUUCGAAUGAAACGGGGUAUUUGGCAAGAAGACUAUAAAGUGUGGAAAUCUUGUAAAUUAUUUUUCCAAAAGAUAAAACAACUCGUGAACUUGUAAAACUGACGAUUUAGUCUUGUUAAUAUACAGUUUCUAUUUUA